AUGCAAUCGGAAAAAGCAGAUUUUGGUGAAUUAGAGCAUUACCUAAAACCGGUUGAAUCUAUUUUUACUGGCGAUGAACUGCUUGAAGAUACUAGUGAAUUUAUCAUUAACAAUAUAGAAAAUAAGCGUUUCCAGGUAGGACAACAACAACGCCAAAAUCAUCAGCAAAGACAACAAUUGCAACAUCAAGUUAAUUACGAUGAUGCUACAAGAUUAUGGAUGUGGAAUAAUCAUACCACUAGAGGAAGAAACGAGCAUAAAAGUCAAAAUAUGAUUAAUACUACAACCAAUUAUAAUCAUUUUGCAGUUGAUUCCAAUUCAAAAUCACCGUAUUCUAAUUUGAAUUAUUCAUCAUUUACACCAUAUCAUCAUUCACUUGAUUUAAGUGGACGUUCACCAUUACAAGUAACAACUGUUUUAUCCAAUACAUCAAAUCAUUUAUUGCAGCAGCAACAACAUCAGCAACACCAACAACAACCAUCAACUCAACAGCCAAAUCACCAUUCAACAGUAACAUUAACUAACUCUAAAGACAAAGAUGUAUCAUUAGCCAACAAUCAUCAUUUUAAAACAAAAAUUACAACUUCAACAUUUACUCUUUCUGAAGCUGAAAGUGAUCUUUUAUCAGCUCAGCCAAUACAACAACAACAAUCCAUGCAAGAGGAUAAAUCCGAUGAUACCUUAUUAACAGCUUACUUUAGUCAUGAUCACGAUAAACAUUCUGCGAUGAUUCAACACGCCAGUCCAGCAACAACCGACGAAAAUUCAAGAGAUUCACCGGAAUUAAAACGAGCUAAGAAAACUUUAGUUCCAGAUAAUUGUAAAGAUACGAAAUACUGGGCAAGGAGGAUUAAAAAUAAUAAAGCAGCUAAGCGAUCACGAGAUGCUCGAAAAGAGCGUGAAACAAGAAUUACUCAAGAAUGUCAAAUGUUAGCUGAAGCCAAUUUAAAAUUAAAAUCUGAAAUUGUGACUUUAAAGAAGUUAUUAAAUGAUGCUUUAGCCAAGCAAAAUGUCCUUCAAGAACAGCAACAGCAUCAACAACGUUAA